UGACGGUGUGUCAAUGGCCGCAGAUGGGUCGGAAAGGAAAGCUCUGAGAUACAAGCAGACUCUGCUCUAUGGGGAGUACCAGGAGCAUCAUGGAGGCUUGGGGAGGCGGGAGGCCACGCGCCUGCUGACGGAGCGCCAGAUAAAAAAACACAGGAUCAGGAAGCAUCACGACCACGGGAGGACACGGUCCGGACGCGGUCAUCACGGCAACCAGCACGGCCAUCACAACAGGCCGAGGGCCGAGUUUCAGCCCAACGGGGACAAUGACGUUCCUGACGAGCAAAUGGUGGGAAAACAUCUCACAUCCUACCAGCAGAAGAAACGCUCCUACUCAAACUGCAGAGACUGCAUAGCACGGGUGCAGAGAUUCCUGGUGACGAGACUCGGAGAAGACUGGAUCUUCCUGGUUCUGCUGGGAAUCACCAUGGCUCUGGUCAGCUGGACGAUGGACUACGCCAGUGCAAAGAGCCUACAAGCAUAUAAGUGGAUUCACGGAGAGCUGAGGGGGAACAUCCCGCUGCAGUACCUGGCCUGGGUCUCCUAUCCCCUGAUGUUUAUCAUCUUCUCCUCCCUCAUCUGUCAUCUGGUCGCUCCUCAGGCUAUUGGUUCUGGAAUCCCGGAGUUGAAGACCAUCCUCAGAGGAGUGGUGCUGAAGGAGUACUUAACCCUCAGAGCCUUUCUGGCUAAAGUCAUCGGUCUGACUGCUGCACUGGGCAGCGGCAUGCCUGUCGGUAAAGAGGGCCCGUUUGUUCACAUAGCGAGUAUCUGUGCGGCGGUCCUCAGCCGCUUCAUGUCCUUCUUUUCAGGAGCUUAUCGGAACCCCUACUGUUACACAGACAUCCUGACGGUGGGCUGUGCUGUCGGAGUGGGAUGCUGCUUUGGUACUCCUCUAGGAGGUGUGCUUUUUAGCAUUGAGGUGACAUCCACGUACUUUGCUGUGAGAAACUACUGGAGAGGAUACUUCGCCGCUACGUUCAGCGCCUUCAUCUUUAGAGUUCUGUCCGUGUUUAACAAAGAUGCAGUAACCAUCACAGCUCUGUUCAGGACUAACUUCCGUAUGGAUUUUCCGUUUGACCUGCAGGAACUUCCAGCAUUCGCCCUCAUCGGGAUCUCUUGCGGGUUUCUGGGGGCGUUCUUUGUCUGGCUCAACAGACAGGUGGUUCUGUUCAUGAGGCGACCAAACGCCAUGACCCGCUUUCUGAUCAAAUACCGGCUGAUCUUUCCUGCUACGGUGACGCUGGUCAUCGCCACCCUGACCUUCCCACCGGGGUUUGGACAGUUCAUGGCUGGAGAGCUCAUGCCCAGAGAAUGCAUCAACUCGUUGUUCGAUAACUUUACGUGGACGAAGAUUUACGGGUCCCCUCCUCCGGUCGGUCUGGGCCACUCCACUGCCUGGCUGCACCCUGAUGUUAGCGUCUUUGUCGUACUGCUGCUCUUCUUCUUCAUGAAGUUCUGGAUGUCUGCAGUGGCCACCACCAUGCCGAUCCCGUCUGGAGCCUUCAUGCCCGUAUUCAUACUCGGAGCUGCGUUUGGACGGAUGGUGGGAGAAAUCAUGGCCACUUUGUUUCCUCAUGGGAUUGUCUUCGACGGCAUCCUGUACCGCAUCAUCCCAGGAGGAUACGCAGUCAUCGGAGCGGCGGCGCUGACCGGAGCUGUGACUCACACAGUGUCCACGGCCGUUAUCUGCUUCGAGCUGACGGGCCAGAUCUCCCACAUCCUGCCCAUGAUGGUGGCAGUAAUCCUGGCCAACAUAGUGGCCCAGGGCCUGCAGCCCUCCCUGUACGACUCCAUCAUCCAGGUCAAGAAGCUGCCGUACCUGCCAGAGCUCGGCUUUGGACACACAAGCCAGUACAACAUCGUUGUGGAGGACAUCAUGGUGCGAAAAGUCACGUUUAUUUCCUCCCAGUCUACCUACAGAGAGGUCAAACACCUCCUGGACUCGUCCUCGCUUAAAUCGAUCCCGUUGGUCGACUCAAAAGACUCCAUGAUCCUGUUGGGCAGCGUGGACCGCGUGGAGCUUCUGGCUCUCUGUGAUUGGUGGCUUUCACCUGAGAGGCGAAUCCUGAUGCAAGGUCACAGCCUACAAGAGCAGAAUCUGUGUGAGAAGAACAGCUGGGAGUCGUUCGCCUUCGUCGACGAAGAAGAGGAAGAAGGAAAAGAGAAGGAAAGUCCAGCUGAAGAGGAGAGGAACGGACCGAUACCUCCUGCUAAACCUCAGGAGCCUUCAUCCAACCACACCGCCGUGGCGGCGCCCGAGAAAGGUCCUCUGCAGUCGGUGAGAGAAACCCUCAGAAACCUCUUCGCCUCUAAGAGCAGACGGCUGGAAAAGCAGCUGAAGGAGCCCCGCCCUCCUCCUCUGUCAGACACAAUGACAUCAGAUGAGAUCAGAGCGUGGGAGGAGGCGGAGAUGGACCUGGCGAUGGAGAUGGACGAGAUACGAGUUGACCCUUCACCUUUCCAGCUGGUGGAGAGAACGUCGUUACAGAAGACCCACACGCUGUUCUCGCUGCUCGGCUUGAGUCACGCCUACGUGACCAGUAUCGGAAAGCUGGUGGGAGUGGUGGCUUUGAAAGAGCUCCAAAAGGCCAUCGAAGGCUCCACCCACUCCGGCGUGCGGCUCCGACCUCCUCUGGCGAGUUUUCGUGACGUCAGCAAACACAAGUCUGUCCCUAAACUGACGCCUCCUUCCACUGCUCCUUCUUCUCAAUCCUCCACCUCCUCUCCGUCACCUCAAAGUUUCCCAUCGGCUCCUCCUUCCCCGGCCCCGGAGCAGAUCCGCCACCGCACCCAUCCCCACCCUAACCAGGAGCAGGAGACAGAGGUGUGGAUCGAGGGUGGGACGGGGGACACGGAGGCGAGCAGCUCCAACAGCGACCUCGCCCUCCCUCCGUCCUCCACUCCUCCCAGCGCUCCACCUCCUUCUUCUCCUUCCACUCCCAUCCCUCUCUCCACCCUGAGACCCUCGCAGAGACUCCAGAAUGCGGAGGACAGCGAUGAUGAGCCAGUGGUUUAGACUGGAAAACUGUUUUAUACUCAUGUACCUCAUUUUAGUCUCUAACUCUGUCAGGACACUUAAAAUGCCUAAAAGCAAACCGGUCUUGGUCGUUUUACUGUAAACCUGUUCUUCCUCGUUUCUAGCUCACUGGGUAGAUGGAGGCAGUACUUUUAUUUUCUGCUGCAAAGAAGAAAAAUGCACGAUGAAAUUGGUGAAAUUUCGACACGACUAAACCACUUCUUCAUUCAGAAGAUGCGUAAAGUCUCGAUGUCUGUGAAGGUUCUCAGUCAUCCAGGUCAUUGUAGUCUAAGGAGCUUUGAAAGAAAAGCGUCUGGACUUCUUUGAGUUGCUUGAAGACGUUUCACCUGUCAUCCGAGAGGCUUCUUCAGGUCUGAGGUCAAAUGGUGGAGAGUCCCAGAUUUAAACCCAGUGGGAGUUUCCCCCCGAAGAGGAACAAAAGACCCCCUGAUGAUCUUCUAUGAGCCAAGGCGUGAGGGUGGGUGUGGGUCCUAUUCAGCCAGAGUUUCGGGUGAGCUCAUUGUGAAGCCUGGCCCCACCCUAUCAUGUGAAUUCCUGAGGUCAGAUGGCCCAGGAUGUGCGUGGGCGUUGAGGCAUCUGGGAAGGGAUCUCAAAACUGGAUUAUCGAUGGCAGACAGUUGGUGUCAUAAACCACCGCCUCUGUUCAAAGAUGGUUGCUCACAGUGGACAUAAAUGGCUUCCUUUACUCCUCUUUCCCUCUCUCCUCCCACUGGGUUUAAAUCUGGGACUCUCCACCAUUUGACCUCAGACCUGAAGAAGCCUCUCGGAUGAGAGGUGAAACGUCUUCAAGCAACUCAAAGAAGUCCAGACGCGUUUCUUUCAAGCUCCUUAGACUUAAAGUCCCGAUGAUCUUUUUCCUUGCAGCGUUUGAAAUCAUUCGUUCUUGCUGCAGAAACGAGACGUGCACGCUCCUGCUCUUCCUUCCUCCAUCGUUCGUGUCUUACAAAAUGUCUUUUUAAACGGAACUAGAGCAGCAGCCAUCGAUUUAGCUUCCUGUCUGGCAGCCGAGCGUCUGAGCAGCCCCGCUGUAAUAAAGCUGCUCGGUCCUGGCCGAAGCUCAACAGCAACAACCUCUAAACCGCGCCGACCUUGUGGCUGCAGCCUCAGAACUCAUCUCAUCACCGUUAGCUUGAUGAAUGAAGCAGCUAAAAGCAGAUGACGCACCAAACUCCCCUUCACAUUGAUUUGUUUCGCUAAAACAACGACGCUGCUCAGAGUGACUCAGCCUCAGACAGAAUCAUAACGUUCGCUUCUGCACAAAUCAAGCGUCCGCCGCAGCGUCGCCAGGAUGAUGGCGAAUGUUUCUGACGGGGAUUAACAGGUGACAGUCUGUUGUGUGACGUCCGCACGAAGAACAGCAGCGACUGUUGAUGCGUGGAAACCGUUUGCGUCUCUGCCGUCGCCGCUUCAGACUUGCUUUUUACACAAGGGGUCAAAGAGGCGGAUCUAGAAGUUUUUAACACGAUGAAUCAUCUAUGAUGGAGAACUCUAUAAGCUUUAACAGCAAGACAUCCUGCGUUCGCAUCUCAUGACCUUUGACCCCUGGAUGAUCUUUGAAAAAAGUUUUGAUGUGACUAUCUGACCCUGUCAUUCUUUCUACAGCCAAGAUUUGUCUGUCGGAUUGACCGUAAGAACGGGAAAUCACAAAGUUUAUUUGUCACAUAAUGAGAUUUUUUCUCAAUACAAAAUUGGGAUUUUGUGUUCAGACGUAACGAACGACGUCAUUUAAUCUGCAGAGCUGCUUUAUUAUUAACUCGUGGAGUCAGUUUCUCAGGUUCUGCCUUCUAAGUCUUUAAACUUUUCUACUAAAUUUAUACCUAAAAUAGUUCAGUUUUGUGUUUUAUUUAUUGAUUUAUUUACAUAUUUAUUUGUCUGUCAGUAGAUUCCUCUAAUUUUCUUCAAACAUUUAUAAAACUGUGAAGCAAAACGAACUUGUAAGUGGCGUUAAGUGUGUGAAAUGUAAUCAGAAUCUAGAAAGACCCUGUUUAUUAUUAUUAUUAUUAUUAUUAUUAUUAUUAAAAGAGAAUAUGUGUAGUUUUUACCAUUAAUCUCUGGAAAUAGUCAUUGAAAUGUUGUUGAAAAUGAAUUAAAUGAUGCCCGGGGGCGGGUCUAAGUCUCUGGGCGACGCUAUAUUAGA